AUGGGACGCACAGCAAAAGGAGACAGGGUGUUACAUCAUAUAUGUGUUGCUUGUACCAUGCUCAGUUGUGUUACGAUUGCUUAUCUUUCGGCACCAUUAGGAACUCGUGUGCCGAAUAUUGAAAUAGCUUCUAUGGAUUUCACGGUGCAUAAUAUCACACAAACUCGUCUCAGUGCAAAUUGGGAUUUAUUGAUAAGGGUCCCUAGAACCCUUCCUGAUCACUUUAUAUGUCUUCAAGGAGACAUUCAAGCUUCCUUGUUUUACAAGGAUAUUACCCUCGCUACCUCCUCCAGACAAAGGUAUAACGAUCUCAAAUCCAACUCGCCUCAACAGCUUAGGGUUUCAGCAGCUAUCUCUGAAGAAGAUAUUGGUGGUUUGAUUGGCAAAAACAUUAUAAAAGAUAUCAAUGACAAGAGAGAAGUGAAGUUCGGAUCGCAAUUGUUCCUUACAGAUUGUAGAGAAAAGACAAAAGGAGUUUUGAGAUAUGUGUGUCGUGAAACCACGUUGCGGUUCGAGCCAGGUUCUGAGACGAAAGCGACUGCGUUUGGGGACAACCCUACAUGCACUAGUUUCUGA